GUACCUCUGGAACGACCAGCAACAGCCUAUCAAUUACGCCUCUCCAGUGGUGGACUUUAGAAUGGGCUGGUGUGGUGUGAACAGCAGUUAGAGAAGGCAGUGACUUUUCCAGGAAGUGAUUAGGCUCCAGCCCCUCACACAUACCAUUCACACAACAUGAAAGAGGAAAGGAAAGAUUGAUGCCAAAGACUUGAUUACUGUGAUGCGAUGCCUGGGGACAAGCCCAACCUUUGGUGAAGUAGAUCGCCAUCUACAAAUCAGUAAGAUAGAUAAAAAUGGCGAGCUGGACUUCUCCAUGUUCCUGACCAUGAUGCACAGGCAGAUGGCCCAGGAGGACCCAGAGAAGGAGAUCAUGGACGCCAUGAGGAUGACGGACAAGCAGAAGAAAGGCUUCAUCCAAGCCUCCGAGCUGCGGGCCAAGCUCACUGGCUUAGGAGAGAAAUUAACAAACAAAGAAGUGGAUGACUUGUUUAAAGAGGCCAACGUUGGCUCUAAUGGGCUAAUUCGUUAUGAAGAAUUCACCAGGAUGGUUACACUCCCCCCAGCAGACUACUGAGACAAAUGAUUCAAGAUGUAAUAAAUACACCACGGAAAAUGAUGCUCAACAUUUAUCUCUGACCAGCCAUCUCUUUUGGCAACCAAAUGUUUGGCGUGGUUGUAUGUGUAAUGCUCAGUUUUUUUAAAUGAUCCAUGGCCAGUGGCCAGUUGUGUUGUGUAUGUGCUCCACCAGUAGAUGGCGGUGUAGGCUAGGUUUACUCAGAGCCCAUACGGCUCUGGGUUUACUCAGGGAUUCAUGUUUUCUCAUCUCAUUAUUAUUAUUCCAAGACUAUUGCCAUUAUGUCCUGAACUGGUGUAAUUACAAAUAAUAUCAUAACCUGAAGCACAAUCAUUCUAUUCUGUGACUUUUUG